UACAACAAAGACGAAGAUAAAAGAAAUCAACUUUUAAUUUAUAAAGGAGCCAGACUAAGCAGUUACUCUGAAGUUCUCAACCCAAACACUAUUUAUCUAAAUUACGGAAAUACCCUCGACUGAGAGCAAGCCGGGAUGUAUGAUAUGACUAAAUAGACCUCAAUCUUUCGCCGGAAUGCCGAGGAUGCGCUCUCGCCCAUGGCGGCGCGAUUGACUCUGUUUCUCUCUAUGCCUCCAUUUUCCGCUCUGUGAAGCUUCGAUCUGCAUCGUCCGCCUCAAUUUCUAGACCCUUUUCCUGCUUAUGAGAGCUGAUUUGUGAACAUCCCAAGAGUCUAAUAAACAUUGCGUGGAAACAAAUCCCUCAAUCACUUCAUUGCAAUAAGGAAAGAGAAAGUUCAAAGAAUUUUGUUCGUUAUGUAGAGCAACUGGUUCCGAGAUUGGAUUGCCUCACAUGGAGGAUCAUACAUUUGUUGUAGGUCAAGAGUUUCCUGAUGUCAAGGCAUUUCGAAAUGCAAUUAAAGAAGCUGCUAUUGCUCAGCACUUUGAGCUACGAAUUAUCAAGAGUGACUUGGUACGUUAUUUUGCAAGAUGUGCCGAAGAGGGUUGCCCGUGGCGCAUUCGUGCCGUUAAGCUUCCUAAUUCUCCAGCCUUCACAAUUAGAAGCCUUGAAGGGAUACAUACGUGUGGGCAAAAUGCACAAAAUGGACAUCAUCAGGCCUCCAUAGAUUGGAUUGUGAGUUUCAUAGAGGAGCGAUUGCGGCAUGACAUUCAUUAUAAACCAAAGGAUAUAUUACAUGACAUCCAUAAGCAGUAUGGUAUCACUAUACCAUAUAAGCAGGCUUGGCGAGCAAAGGAACGAGGCCUUGCCACAAUUUUUGGUUCUUCUGAAGAAGGUUACUGUCUGCUUCCAGCGUACUGUGAACAAAUAAGAAAAGCCAAUCCUGGAACUGUUGCAGAAGUGUUCACAAAUGGUUCAGAUAAUUGCUUUCACCGACUCUUUGUUUCAUUUUAUGCAUCCAUAUACGGGUUUCUAAAUGGUUGCUUCCCUGUGAUCGGGCUAGGCGGAAUCCAGCUUAAAAGCAAAUACCUUGGUACUCUGCUAUCAGCUACUUCUUAUGAUGCUGAUGGUGGGCUAUUUCCACUUGCUUUUGGUGUAGUUGAUGCUGAAAAUGAGGAAAGUUGGAUGUGGUUUUUGUCAGAGUUACACAAGGCACUCGAGAUGAACACUCAGAAUAUACUGCACCUCACAUUUUUAUCAAAUGGGCAAAAAGGAAUUUUAGAUGCUUUGAGAAGGCAAUUCCGAAAUUCUUCACAUGCAUUUUGUAUGCGCUACUUAAGUGAAAGUAUGGGGAAAGAGUUCAAAAACUCGAGGCUUGUUAAUCUUCUGUGGAAAGCGGCAUAUGCUACAACUACAAUUGCUUUCAAAGAGAGAAUGUUAGAAAUAGAAGAGGUUUCACCGGAAGCUGCUAAGUGGAUACAGCAAUUUCCACCCUCUCAUUGGGCAUUAGUUUAUUUUGAGGGAACUCGGUAUGGACAUCUCUCUUCAAAUAUAGAGCAAUUCACUAAAUGGAUUCUCGAGGCACGUGAGUUACCCAUCGUCCAGGUGAUUGAGCGGAUUCAUAGUAAACUAAUGGCCGAGUUUGAAGAGCGGCGUGCGAGGAGUUCAUCGUGGUAUUCUUUCCUGACCCCAUCAGCUGAAAAACGAAUAAUGGAAGCAAUCAACCUUGCCUCCUCGUAUCAAGUUCUUCGAUCCGAUGAGGUAGAGUUUGAGGUUCUAUCAGCAGAGAGAUCAGAUAUAGUCAAUAUCGGAAAGCGAUGUUGCUCCUGUCGUGAUUGGCAGCUCUAUGGAAUCCCUUGCUCUCAUGCAGUUGCAGCCAUUGCCUCAUGUAGAAAAGAUGUCUAUGCCUUUACAGAGAAGUGCUUUACAGUUUCUGGUUACCGGGAAACAUAUGCAAAAGGUAUAUACCCCAUUCCAGGUAAACUCGAAUGGAAAAAACACGAUGAAACUCCCAUGGAUGACAAUGCACAAAUCAUUCGACCACCUAAGUUUCGUCGACCACCAGGACGGCCUGAAAAGAAGAGAAUUUGUGUAGAGGACCUGAACCGUGAGAAACAUACCGUGCAUUGUAGUCGAUGUAAUCAAACCGGACACUACAAGACUACCUGCAAGGCAGAGCUCAUAAAGAGCAUAGAACAGUUCUAGAAGUCAAAUUUUGUGUAGGACUCGUAUUGUCAAGUAGACAAUAUUUCUUGUCUAGGUAGCAGUUGGCUCUUAGAUUGUGUAAAAAUAGGAGAAAUCCCCAUUCUCUAGUUUGCAUAUGCAGACUGACUGGUUUUGGUUUUGUGAGAAUGGUAAAAAUGAUGCUAUAUUUAAAAUCCCACAUGCUUAGAACUCUUGGAAGAAAAUGGUAGCCAUCUAUCUUUAUUGCUACAGAAA